AAAUAUAUUUAAGAUAUUUCUACGCUUGGAGGAGUUAUCUUUUCUUUUUGUGCAAUCCGCGCCACGAUGCUGCAACCAAUUUUACACCAGCUGAAUUCUACCAGAAUAGUCCUUGCAAGUAGUUCCCCGAGGAGAAAACAGAUUCUGGGAAAUAUUAAUCUGAAAUUUGAUACAGCAAAGUCAAACUUUGAAGAAAACUUGGACAAGUCAUCUUUUUCAAGUCCAAUAGAAUAUGUCCGUGAAACUGCCAGACAGAAGAUACUAGAAGUAGCUCAAAGGUUGUAUCAAGAAGAGCCACCACCAGAGUUGAUAAUUGGAGCUGACACAAUAGUAACAGAUGGAAAGAAUAUUUUUGAAAAGCCAAGCAGCAAAGACCAUGCAAUUCAAAUGAUAACAAGUUUCAGUGGAAAAAGUCACAAGGUUUUAACUUGUGUAGUGUUGGUUACACCUAAAUCUUCAAAAACAUUCAAAGGCAGAGAUACAUUAAAUGACCAACUCGAUAUCACACAGUUUGAGGAAAUAUCUGAAGUCUUCAUGCCAGAAUUACCCAAAGAAGUCAUCAAAUCUUAUGUUGACACUGGAGAAUCAAUGGACAAAGCUGGUGGAUAUGGGAUUCAAGCCAUUGGUGGGAGUUUAAUCAGUGGGAUUCGUGGUGACUACUUCAAUGUUAUGGGAUUUCCUCUUCACAAAUUUUGUGUGGAACUAAGAAAUAUAUACAAAAUGUAGCUAUUUUUAUGUUGUGUAGAUAUUAUUACAUUUAAUUGUAAAUUGAUUAUUUUUAUACUAUAUGCACACAUACAUGUAUAUGUCUACUCCACUUUUAAUGAAAUAAUUUGAUGGAUCACUAAUUUACUUACCAAUACAUGUACCGGUAAUAAAUCAUAAUAUGUGCUUUGUAAUAAAACAGUAUCUCAAGUCAUA